AUGGGAGUCCAAAGAGAGUUGGGAGGAAAGUUGAAGAUUUUUACCGAGGCUAUUCGACGACGAUGGCUGCGAAAGGGAAGUACCCCGGACUUUGAGACAAGGAAGUUCGGCCGCUAUCUCGAUGGGCCAAGGCACUUCGAAACAGGCCCGUCGAGGACGGAAGUUAGUACGGGCGGAACUGCGUCCAAUGUGCUCGAUUACGAGCCAGAAAGCUCUGUUCUCUACGGUAUCUUCCGCGACAAUCGACCGAGGCCUCCAUAUAAUUCCGAAACUAUGGGGUACGGGGUAGGUGUUCAAUACCGUGGUCUUAGGCGUAACGUUAAUGGACGGAGGUUUGAGUGCUGCACUAGCCGUAUAACGGUCGAGGAUGCUGGAGUUAAACACUGGACUCUUCGCAGGGACGCUGCGGACUCUAAACAUUCGCGCAAAACCCGCUCCAAGCACCAAGUGGAGACCGCUCGACUCUUGUGUUAUGUAGUUGUCCAAGUCCCAAGCCCAAAGUCCAAGUCUGCAGACAUCCCCAUCCCCAUCCCCAUCCCCAUCCUCAUCCCCAUAUGCACCCGCACAUCCCUUCCAUAUCGUCCUUCCCUUACAUCUGCACUGCAACCUGUGGCCGGUCACGGAGAAUUCUGGAAUCCAAAUCAUCCUUCGGACGGGAAAGAUCUCACAUUCACUUCCAUACCAGAUCAGGCCCAGCAAAACCACCGUGAUCAUUACGUUCUUUCCACCCUACCACCAGUUGCGGUAGCCCAGUGCGACGGCCCCAUGCUCGCGGUUCAACGUCCAAGCAUGGGUUCGUCGAAGCCACCAAACUUCAAUAUGCCAUUUGGCUAUUCGUUCAACGAGUCUAACUCAAAUUUCCCCUUACCUUCGCAAACGCCUCCGGCUCCAGGGCCUUCCUUACUCGACGACAAUGAAUCCAAAUUCCUAGACAGCUUCUUCGACGAUGUGAGCCAGGAUCAGUUCGACUUCAAUUUCUUCACAAAUGCGCCGGGUAGGGCCGAUGCAGGGUUUGGAUGGGAGGAACUACCGCCGACGUUUAUGGGGACGACCUCUUCCUUUGGCCAGCAACCUGCGAUGGGCGCUCAUAAUUUCCUUGAUCCAAAUUUCGAUGCCUUGUCCUUACAGAUGCCAACCGGCCCAUCAUUACCACAACCAACGCCCGAUGAUGUGAUAGAGGCGGCGACACUGCUACAGAAUGGGUCUGCGGGAAGGCCUCGUGGUGCUGCCCAGGGGACUUUUUUUCCUCCACAGGAUAUGUCGAUACCACCUUCGAACGGCCUGAUCAGACCACAAUAUACCCAACAGCGGUCGUUUCCUGGGGCCCAUGAACGGUCAAGUAGUAGAAAUGAGUUCACACCGGAUACAUAUUAUGCGGAUAUGGUAUUUGGGAGAAAUCCUGACAAGAACCCCCCACGUCCGAGGAAUAACAACCAAAAGCUGGAUAUUCGGUGGGGAUCAGAUACGUCGUUCGCCGCGGCACAAGGUUUCAUGGCCCCUAGUAAUCAGGAUACGGAAGCGGAGCUAGAACGCGCACAUAUUCAAACUAUAGAAUCGGCCCUCAAGCUCGACCUAGGCGAAGCAGGCAGCACCGAUAAUUCCCAUCCCACGAGCCCCGUGCAACAUUUCAAACCCCAGCUAGGGAACAAGUCGAAUAGUCAGGUAGGCGAUGAAGCAGACCCAGAUUCGAGGCCAACGAAGCGGAGGAAGGGCAAAUCCCACGAAGAAGGCGACGAGGAUGACAUAAUCCCAAGCUCCGCACAAGAAGCCAAGAAACGAAGGCCAACAAAGAAAGAACCUCUCGAAUCCUUAGCAAAAGACGCCGACGCCUCAAAACGCCGGAAAUCAAGUGGUACCGGCGGGAAAUCCGCACGAGAAAACCUCACGGAAGACCAGAAGAGAGAAAACCAUAUCCGGAGUGAGCAGAAAAGACGAACGCUCAUCCGAGAAGGAUUUGAGGAUUUAGGGGAGUUGGUUCCCGGGCUGAAGGGCGGUGGCUUCAGCAAGAGCGCGGUACUUGUUAUGGCUGCGGACUGGAUGGAGGAUUUGUUAAGGGGGAAUGAGAUGCUACGCGCGCGCUUGGAGCAGAUGGAGGGGAGGAGGUGA